UUUUACAGUUGGAACAUGUAGCCAGAAAUCUGGAAGCUACUAGAAGUUGAUGCCAGUGUCUCCAAAUCCUCUCUCCGUCCUCCCAACCCCAAUGAUUGUGAGUCUUCCGUACGCGUCCUUCCUCCCAACCCCAAUAAUUGUGAGUCUUCCGUCCUUCCUCCCAACUCCAGUGUUUGUGAGUCUGUGUCCUGUGUCCGUCCUCCCAACCCCAGUGUUUGUGAGUCUGUGUCCUGUGUCCGUCCUCUCAACCCCAGUGUUUGUGAGUCUGUGUCCUGUGUCCGUCCUCCCAACCCCAGUGUUUGUGAGUCUGUGUCCGUCCUCCCAAACCCAGUGUCUGUGAAUCCUCCGUCCGUUCUCCCAACUCCCAUGUUUGUGAGUCCUUUCUCCCAACCCCAGUGUUUGUGAGUCCUCUGUCCGUCCUUCCAUACCCAGUGUUUGUGAGUCCUCUGUCCAUUCUCCCAACUCCCAUGUUUGUGAGUCCUUUCUCCCAACCCCAGUGUGUGUGGGUCCUCUGUCCGUCCUCCAAAACCCCGUGUGUGCGAGUCCUCUAUCUGUUCUCCCAACCCCCGUGUGAGUGAGUCCUCUGUCCGUCCUUCUCACCCUAGUGUUUGUGAUUCCUUCAUUCCUUACCCACCUGCAACUACAACAUUUACACCCACUAGGUUGAAUAGUAUUUCUGAUUUUAACCAAGAUCCAUAUUCAUCCUUUUCACCUAACAAUUACAUUCCAUCUUUACAUUCACAAUCCUUUUUUUCACCCUCUGCUAGCUUUUCCUCCCUGCAUGAUGAAAUGACACCAAGAAAACACACAUCUUCAAUGGUUGGGACCAGUCUUUCAUUGUUGUUAACACACCAGUUAGCACCACACAGACCAUUCCGCAAUUGCUGUCGACACUGUCUUCCGCUACACAACACAAUCCAAGAUAUGAAGAACACAAUUGCACAGCUGACACACGAUGUUGAAGUACUGAAACAGGCUCAGAAUCCACGUGACUCCAUAAGCAAUGCCAACAUGGAAAUGGGAAACGAAAGCUGUCCCCUAUACAAUGGAUACAGUAAGGAACAACUGAAAUGCAAAUUAAUUGGGUGUAAAACAUUUUGGGAAGGCCACAAAGCUAUUGUUGAGAUUGAUGUUUUGCCCAGAGGAGAUUGAGGGGAAGUCAGCAACUGUAUUCGGUAGUAAACCAGCAAUUGACAAAGAAAGAAAAGAAAUGCUCUGUGGUAAGUUUGAUAUUCUCUUGAAAUAGAUUCUGUGUUUUUUUAGGGAUCAAACGAUACAAUGCAUGCGAUAAAUAUGUAUCAUGAUACAUAUUUUUAGCUGAAAAAUUCUUCAACAUGGUAACUAUGGUAAAUAAAUGAACAAAUUUGAGGUAGUUUGUGUGAAAAUGAUGGAGUGAAUCGUAGCUUUAAUGUUGCAUUAAUACAUCUUUUCAGUUGGAGCAAUUACCUUGGGAUCUCUAAUUCAAUAUAUUGUUGCAGCCCUAUUUGUGUCAAUAUAAAAGUAAAUUUAUGAUUAAAACUUUAAAUUUAUUCUCUGCAGGAAGGAUUA